AUGGCAUCGGUCUUCGGCAGGGAUUACAACGAUAUUUUGAGUCGGUUUGAUGAUGCUGCUGAUACGGUUAGUUUUAUUUGUAUGAUGAAACAGAAAUUUAUUCCGGAGGUUGUCUUAAAUUGGGUCGUCCUCAUAAUAAUAUAUUUUUACGUCAUUCAGACAAUCGGUUACAAUAUCUGGACUCGAAUCUUCCUCAUGCGCAAUCUUUCCCUCAUGGGAAGCUUGCUUUUACUCAUCGCCGAGGCCUCGCAAGAAUCCAGGAGCCUGUUGGCCGGAUUGCCGUCUGCGGGCGGAAAUGCGUCACGACAGUACUUGCAACUGGGUGGUCGUAUCCUCGUCGUGCUUAUGUUUGUCACUCUAAUUCAUUGGGACGGAAGUUUCUUCUACCUCAUUCAAGUGAGUGCUUCCCAUAUUUUGCAUUUUUUGAAAGUUCUUGCCAUCCCGUUCGUCAGUAGUUCGUCAUGUCGGGAUGCUGAGACAUGCCACAUCCUCUAUGGUUCCCUGGUCUACAACCAGUCAUUUGACGGGCUCUGUAAGAUCGAUACUAAAGCGGCUGCACACCUGGCUCUCAUACUGCUCGUUGCCAUCGGUUACAAGGCGAAACUCUGUGCCAUCGUUCUGGUCGCCUGGCUCGGCUGCAUCAACAUGUACUACAAUUGCUUCUGGCGUGCCUACGAUGAUGAAAUAAUGUGGGAUUUCCUGAAGUAUGAUUUUUUCCAGACCUGGUCAGUCAUUGGUGGCCUUCUGCUAAUCGUUGCUCACGGUCCUGGCGGUGUGAGUGUGGAUGACUAUAAGAAGGAAUUCUAA